CGUCUGCCAAGCUCCUGCUUCCAGCCCACGAAAGGCCGAUGUCGAAGCCCGUGCCCACCACGGCUCAGCCAAGCAAAAAGUACGUGGCUUUCAAGCGCAGCCAGCUAAAUCCGGCCGUCAAGUCGCGCACCGCAGCGUUCCCGUCUAUGCCAGACGCCGGCUCGCUGUCUAUGCCAGACGCCAGCUCGCUCACGCCCGACUGGGAUGAGCAGUGCGGGAAGUUCGCCUGCCCCAAGUGUGCUCCGCUGUGCGUGCCGAUCCAGAUGUUCAAGUGGUGCUUCAUCAUCCUGCUCGCACCGCUCAUCGCCAUUUGCCUGGUCUUCUCGUCGCCCCUCCUCUUCUGGGUGUCGGCGGGCAAGGACGCGGCAAAGGUGGCCGGCGGGAAGCCGGGCAAAUUUCUCACGGCGGCCAGCGACGUGCUGUUCUGGCUCUUCAUGCCUUUGAUGCUGGAGGAGUACUGCAUCUUCAAGAUGACGGGCUACAAGGCCGUCCCGCUCACUUGGUACGGCCCCGACGGCGAGAAUGGCGAGAAGUUCAGCAUUGACUUCUCCUCCUUCGCCGCCUUCAAGGGCUCGUUCGCCAACAUCUUCUGCGGCGAGUCAGAGAGCGACGAUCAGUCCGGUGCGGGCCCCUCCGGUGCAACCUCGGUGGCGGAGAAGCUCGACCUGUCAAGCCACUUUGGGUCAAUGUCCAGCCCCGGCUUCUCGGCGCUCGCUUGCUUCACGCAGCCGCUGAAGUGGUUUCUGGCCAUUCCGCUCAUCCUGUGCUCCCUCGUCGGCUUCGCCUUCACCAUCUGGCCCUACAUCAUUGUCCGCAGCGUCGGCCCGAAGCCGGGCAACAAGUCGGCCGCGGGUCUCGGGUGCGUUUGCCUGGCGCUCACCUCCCCGGUCCUCGCGUGCGAGAUUGGCGUCGUCUGGCUCAUCGGGCUCAAGCUGCCCCCCCUGGGAACCUUCUGCUGCGAGUCGGUCGAGAAGCCGACCUUCAAGGAUCUCAUCAACCCCCUAUCUGGCGCGAAGAUCUACACUAGCACCGGCGGCGAGGCGGACGAGGCGGACGCUGCGACCCUCCUCUCGGAUCAGAUCUAGGAGGCAGUCCUACCGUGGAGCGGAUUAGGACGACUGUUCAGUGGGGGCAUGGGAUGAGGGGGAGGGUGGUGGGAGACAGGCCGCAUGUGGCGCUGCCGUGGGCGCUCUGAUGCGCGUGUGUCGAGGCAGCAGGGGGGGGGUUGUGGUCGCUACGUAGAGUAACGUAGUCGCGUCGUGGCGACCUGCGGCAGCACCUGGGGCCCACUGCCGGUGGGGCGGCAGCGCCCCCCGCCGGCGGGCGUGUCCCGUGUCGGUUUCGAGCGUGCGCGCGAAGCGGUUCUCUUUUGUAUAUGUGGUGUGACACUCUCAGGUGGACAGAGGACACUCACGCGCACACGAGUGUCGACUGUCGUCAAACACCGAGGCGACGGACUGUUGUUCCUCACUGUGUUGUGUGCUGUGCGCGCGAUCACAUGCUGUUCAUUUUUGUGUGGAGAGUGGAGGACCG